GAUGCUAAAACACACACAGGCACAGAGUAUCCCCUUUCCGCGCUCAAAUCGGCGUUUCUAGGGUUUAAAGCCUACUCACUUCAGGCAGAUAAGCCUUCUUCAUAUUCAUCUUCGUCUUCAAGGAGAAAUCGUAAUGGACGUAGACAUGGAUGCUUCUCCUAGUUAUUUUGAUCCUCAAGAUUCAAAUCUCAGAGAGCGUUACCGGCGCUACGGGAAAAGGCUUUCGCCUUCACCGCACCAGGAACACUAUCAAUCGAAGUUCAGCAAUGCUGCUCUAUUCCUCGAAAAUAUUAAGAAGGAAGUUGACCCUUCUGAUGCUUAUCAAUCACAAGGCAGCAGAAGUCGAUCCUCUUCUAAAAGGAGAUCACCUUCAAUAGACAGUCGUGGAAUAUCUGAGAUUGGCGAUUCGGUUGGUCGGUUAAAAGUUUUCAAGCAUGAGGAAGAUGCAGCAGCAGUGGAUAGUGCAGAUGCUACAUUUUCUUUAUUCGCCUCUCUUUUUGAUUCUGCUCUUCAAGAAUUGAUGUCCAUUCCUGAUUUGAUAUUAAGGCUUGAAGGAGCAUGCCGCAAUGUUUCAGAGUCAAUCAAUAACAGCUGUAGUGAGAGACACAGGAUUGUUGAGGACAAACUGAUGAGACAAAAGGCUAGGGUGCUACUUGAUGAGGCUGCUUCUUGGUCUCUUUUGUGGUAUUUAUAUGGGAAAGGGAAUGAAGAGGUUCCUGAAGAUUUGGUAGUGUUACCAACAACUUCACAUUUGGAGGCUUGUCAGUUUGUUGCUGAAGAUCAUACAGCACAAUUAUGCCUUAGACUUAUCCAGUGGCUUGAAGGAUUAGCCUCGAAGGCCCUUGACUUGGAGAACAAGAUACGGGGCUCUCAUGUCGGCACUCAUCUCCCUACCUCUGGAGUUUGGAAUCAUACCCAAAGGUUUCUUAAGAAAGGCUCCAUAAGUGAGAAGAUUGUUCAGCAUUUGGAUUUUGAUGCUCCAACCCGCGAAAAUGCUCAACCACUUCCUGAUGACAAAAAACAGGAUGAGUCUCUUUUGGAAGAUGUCUGGAUCCUAUUAAAGGCUGGAAGAUUGGAAGAAGCAUGCAGUCUCUGUCGUGCUGCAGGACAGUCAUGGAGGGCUGCAACCCUGUGCCCUUUUGGAGGGUUGGACCAUUCUCCUUCUAUUGAAGCCCUAAUAAGAAAUGGGAAGAACAGAUCUCUGCAAGCCAUGGAGUUGGAAAGUGGUAAAAAUAAUCAGAGGCGCUUGUGGAAAUGGGCAUCAUACUGUGCAUCAGAGAAAAUUGCAGAGCAAGAGAGUAGUAAAUAUGAAACAGCAAUAUAUGCUGUUAAUUGCAGUAACGUGAAGCGCAUUCUACCUAUGUGUACUGACUGGGAGUCUGCUUGCUGGGCUUUAACCAAGUCAUGGCUUGAUGUUCAAGUUGAUGUGGAAUUAUCUGGUGGGCCCGAUAAGCUGAAUUCUGAUGGUGCAACUGAAAGAAGCCCUGGACAUGUGGAUCUUAAUUCUCAAUCAUUUCUUGGACCUGAAAAUUGGCAACUUCAAGUCUUAAAACAACAACCACUUGACCUUAAUUCCCUUCUUCAAAAGCUUCAUUCAAGUGAGUCUGUACAUGAAGCUGUAAGCCGGGGAUGCAAGGAACAACAUCGACAGAUUGAGAUGAAUCUAAUGACGGGGGAUAUUCCUGGUUUACUUGACCUUAUAUGGUCAUGGAUAUCCCCUUCUGGAGGCAAUGAAGAUAUCUUCCGGCCUUAUGGUGAUCCUCAGAUGAUUCGUUUUGGGGCACAUUUAGUUCUUGUGCUCCGUCUGUUACAUGCUGAUGAAAUGAAAGACACUUUCAAGGAGAAGAUAAUGAAUCUUGGUGACCACAUUCUUCACAUGUAUGUGAUGUUUCUUUUUUCAAAACAACAUGAAGAGUUGGUUGGAAUCUAUGCAUCUCAGCUUGCACGCCACCGUUGCAUUGAUCUGUUUGUUCAUAUGAUGGAAUUACGGCUGAAUAGCAGUGUUCAUGUCAGAUAUAAAAUAUUCCUCUCUGCUAUAGAAUACCUGCCAUUUUCUCCUGGGGAUCUUGUAGACAGCGGUUUUGAAAAGGGAAGCUUUGAAGAAAUUAUUGAGAGGGUUUUAUCAAGAUCACGAGAAGUCAAAGUUGGAAAAGCUGACGUGUCAUCUGACGUGGCAGAGCAAUGUCGGUUGCAGAGUCUUGAAAAAGCUAUGGUCAUUCAGUGGCUUUGCUUUACACCUCCCUCCACCAUUAAUGAUGCUACCAGAGUUGGCUCAAAACUGCUUCACCAAGCAUUGAUGCACAGCAAUGUACUGUUCCGGGAAUUUGGUUUAAUUUCUAUGUGGAGAGUUCCAGCAAUGCCAAUUGGGGCCCAUACGCUGCUUAGUUUACUUGCUGAGCCUUUGAAACAUCCAUCAGAAACUUUGAUUUCCACCGAGGAUCAUGAAACUUCUGAUAGUUUGAGAGAGUUUCAUGACUGGAAUGAGUACUACUCAUGCGAUGCAACUUACCGCAACUGGCUACAAAUAGAGUUAGAAAAUGCAGAAAAUGCUGCAAAUGCUGGAAAUGACGUUUCAGAUGAAGAAAAACAGAGAGCAAAUAUGGUAGCCAUGGAAACUUUAUCCUCAUCAAUGGCAUUGCUACUGAGAGAAGAAAACCCAUGGUUGGUACCUACUGAGGAUCAUAUCUAUGAAUUAAUGGAGCCUACAAACAUUGAGUUGCAUGCCACUGCAAUGCUUUCACUACCCUCUGGUGAAUGUAUGUAUCCUGAUCCCACCUUGUGCACAGCUCUCAUAAGCGCUUUUUAUUCGUCAUUAAGUGAUCAAGUUGUAUUAGAGCGCCAGUUGCAGGUUAAUGUAUCUAUUUCUUCAAAGGACAGUUCCUGUGUCGACAUUGCACUUCGGUGUAUGGCAACAGAGAGUGAUGGAUUUGGCCCAAAUGAACUUGCCGAUGGUGGUGUUCUUGCUGCAGUUAUUGCAGCUGGUGUCAAAGGUAUGUGUAAAUCAACAACUGUAAGACUAAACAAAAUCCACUUGAUUGACAAACAUGAUCUUGCAGGUGAGUUGGUGGGAUUUCAAGUUGGUGUAACAAUGGAAAUCUUGAGACUCGAUGCUUGGUAUUGUGGAACUGAUGGUUCUCUGGGGAGCCCAGCAACAUACAUCCUGCGGGGUUUAUGUCGCAGGUGUUGUGUACCAGAAAUUAUUCUUCGGUGUAUGCAGGUUUCGGUUUCUCUUAUGGAGUCUGGCCAUGCACAUGAAAGGCAUGACGAGCUGAUUGAAUUAGUUGCUGGAUCUGAAACUGGGAUCCUUCACUUGUUUAGUCCGAACCAAUUGCAGGAAUUCUUGUUAUUUGAGAGGGAAUAUUGUAUAUGGAAGAUGGAGUGACUUGACAUAUCGGCGGCUGCUUGAAUUUUACUUGUAUUUUUCCAUGGCCAAUUGUUAAAAAUAUUUAGACUAAGGUAUGUUAUAGUGCAUUUUGGUAGAGAAUCGUUAUAUUGUGUUGUGUCAUGCUUUUGGUGCAAUUAUUUUUCGGCUUUGUUGUCUGUGUAGCUCAUCUUUAGAAUGAAGUUGUUAGAUUAUACAUAUGUUCUCCAACAGAAGUAUCCAUAUAGAGUCCACAUGUUUAGUUAGGGAACAAAUUGUAUGCCAACAAACUCGAUCCUUAUA